AUGUCCUUAUCUAGUGGUAGGGUUGAGUCAUUAGUGGUGGAGACGGAAGAGUUCUGUGCCUCCUCCUUUAGUAAGGUGGAGGAGCGGCGAAAGCCUAUGAAUUUAGGUUCCGCCGCUCCGGUACUUAAGAGUCGAGUACAUUUGAACAAUGUCAAAGGGGUUGCCAAAGGAAUGUUUGAGUGUAAAGCAUGCAAGAAAGUGUUCAAUUCCCACCAAGCAUUGGGUGGACAUAGAGCUAGUCAUAAGAAGGUUAAAGGUUGUUUUGCAGCCAAGAAAGAUCAUCUCGAAAAUAGUGUAGCCGAUGAAGAUGUGAUCACACAUGAAGAAUUAUUCCCAUCAAAAUCACCAACCUCAUUACAGUUCGAGUUCGGUUCGAAUGCUAUGUCUCCGGGAGGGUCGAGGAGAUCAGAAAUACAUGAAUGCUCGAUAUGUCACCGGAGUUUUUCCACCGGACAAGCCUUAGGUGGCCACAAGAGGUGUCAUUGGCUCAAUUCGGAUACGCCGGAAACAUCUUCCCUCUCUAGAAUUCACCAUUUUCAUGACCAAAUGGAGCAAACCAAUCAUAAAAAACCCCAGUUGAUGAUCAACAAAUCUGAGGCUCUUGAUCUCAACCUUCCGCCAAGAUUUGAUGAAAUGACCAGAAUCCGGCGAGACCCUCCUAACCCGUUAAGCUGUCAAAUCUCCACACAAAUACAUUUGCACCCAUGGAUAGAUGUUGUUGGAGAGGCUAAAGAUGAUGAUAAUUGUCAUUGUGAUCACCAGCAGAACCAAAAGAACAAUGAAGAUGACAAAGACAACAUCAAUGUGGAUGAUGAUGAAACUGACAGUAAGGUGAAGUUAGCAAAGUUAAGUGACCUAAAGGACAUGAAGAUUAGUGGUAGUAUCUCUACAUGGUUGGAGGUUGGGAUUGGUUCAACCACUGAUUGUGGGUGCUGA